CAAAAGCGGCCAGGAAAGGGGGCCUUCAAAAUGAUCCGAACGGUAUUACUUAUAUCGUCGUUAUGUGGAUUGGUGAGAAGCUCAGGGGUGCAUGGCGAUGGACUCGCACAUUUAGCACCUGUGGCUGCUGUAGGACCCGUUCCAGUAGUCACAGCUGCUAGUUCACAAUACUUCCAAAGAACCUUCAAUCGUUUAGUUGUCCCUCAAGUAGUUGCUCCCGUGGCUCCGGUAGCUCAUGUUGCUCCUGUAGCUCCUCCUCCACCUCCACCUCUACAACCAGUGUUUCCAGUUGCACCCGCACCAACAGUAUUUGUGCAACCUACACAAGAAGUUCCUGUUGCUGUUAACCCACAACCAACCCAACCAGCUCCAGUCAACCCCAACGUAGCAAUAGCGGUAGCAACUUCUCACGCUGCUGCACCCGUCGCUACUAUCCUGCUACCACCCUAUCCGUUCGGAUUUCCACCGAACUUUGGAUUUAUCCCGCAAGAACAGCCAAAUAAUGUACCUGAUGAGAAUAACAAGGAACCAACGACUCCUCAGUCCACAACACAAACUGAGGCAACUACUACACCAGAGCCAGAACAAACUACACCCUUGCCAUCGAGCAGUGAUGAUAAUUUUGUGCAGCAAGCACUGCCCUCUAAUGAAGACGUGAACUUUAAUCAGUAUGGACCACCUUCACCUCCAGAAAGCACUCAGUUUCCGCCUAAUCAGCAGUUCCAACCAAAUCAACCGGGUCCUCAAUUCCAAGCGCAGCCUCGUCCUCAGUUCCAGCCACAACCACCUCAAGGCCAAUUUCCACAGCAACAACCCAGGCCACAGUUCCAACCACAGCAACAUCAAGGACAGUAUCCGCAGCAGCAACCUCGUCCUCAAUUCCAGCCACAACAACCACAGUUCCCACAACCGAGACCGCAGGGACAGUUCCCACCACAGUUUCCACAACAAAGACCACAAGGACAGUUACCACAACAGAGACCACAGGGACAGUUCCCGCCACAGCAGCCACACCCACAAUAUCAACCAUUGCCCCAACCGCAGCAGCCACGGCCACAGUUUCAGCCUUUGCCGCAAUCACAGCAACCUCACGCACAAUAUCAACCCCAACGUCCAGUGUACCAGGCACCCCAACAACCCUGGCCACAUCAUAAAGCCAGGCCGCAAAAAUUGAAGACUUCAGUGGAAGUUGUUAAAGUUCCUUUGGCUUAUGUCAGUCCUCCACCGCUGCACCAAACCCAUGCACACGUAAAAGUUGUAAAGCACAUCUAUACGUACGUUCCGGCAACAAGCGCCAAAAUCAUCGUGAGACCUGUGAGUACAGUGAAGCGGCCUGUUCGAGUGGUAAAGAUUAAGAAAAUUCAUUCCCAAAAUUUGCGUGCUAAUGCUAGGGACAUCGAAGUCGCUACAUCAAGCCCGUUCCCUCGGCCCAACACCAAGCCACCUAGAGUAUAAUAAUUAAUUAGUCAAUUUGUACACUUGUUAAUAAAACUGCAC